AUAGCUUUGGGUAGCCGAUACACAUACAUCAAAUUGUUUGGCAGAGCCGUGAUCACCGACUUAAUAAUCACCUCUUUUUUUCCCCUUGGUAAAAAAUCUAAAAGUCCAACCAUUCACCCCAUUAUUCAGACGAUCUUAUACAAAACCAAACACUUGUACCUUAGAUCCUCCUAAACUUUCUGGCAAGCCUAAAUAAGAGCCCAUUCCACCUAGGUUCUGAAUCCCCAAAAUAUCUCUCAACUCCUGACGGCUGGUUUCAUCAAUCUUAUGUCCAAAUUGAAUUGAGGAUUUUUGAAAAUUAAUUUGUUGCCCUGAAACAGCCUCAUAAUCCUUUAGUAUCCUGAGAAUUGUUUGACACUCUUCUUUGUUUGCCUUGCAAAAGAACAGACUAUCAUCUGCAAAUAGCAAAUGAGAAAUUGCUGGACACACUUUUGCUACCUUCAUACCGGUUAAUUGUUUCACCCGCUCUGCCAUUUUUAUAUUUGUAAUUAAUGCCUCAGUACACAUAAUAAAUAUAUAAUGAGAUAAGAGAUCCCCUUGACGUAAUCCCCAUUGAAGUAUUAUAAGGCCUCGUGGCUGCCCAUUGAGCAGUACUCUAUAUUGGACUGAAGAUAUACAUCCUCUCGUUAAUUUAACCCAAUGAGGAUCAAAUCCCAUUUUGUGAAGGAAAGCCUCGAUAAAAUUCCACUAUAUCCGAUCAUAUGUCUUACUCAUAUCCGUUUUAAUUGCCAUAAACUUAUUUUGAUAGGACUUGUUGGUACGCAAACAUGAAACAUUUCCUGCGCAAUAAGAAUAUUAUCCGAUACUAACCUUCAUGCCACAAAAGCCGAUUGUGCUUCCGAAAUUAGACGGGGGAGACAACUUUUCAGCCUUUGACACAAAACUUUCGAGAUAAUCUUAUAACCAACGUUACAUAGACUUAUCGGCCUCAGUUCUGUCAUCCUUGUAGGUCUAUCUAUUUUUGGAAUCAUACAAAUAUUAGUUAUGUUUAACCAUGGGUCCAUAUCUCAUGUGACCAAGAAAUUAUUCACCAACUCAACCACAUCCUUUUUAAUGACAUUCCAGGAGUGCCGAAAGAAGAGAGUUGUCAUUCCAACCACGCCUUGCGCUUUCUCCGGAUGCAUUAUGAAUAAAAUUGGUCGCACCUCUUCCUUUGUUGCUAUUCGCAGUAGAAUUUGUAGCAUCUGGAGAGAAAUUGAUGGUCCUAUCUCUUCCAAAAAAAUAUCAAACUCCGUUGGGUUAGUUGAACUAAACAAACCAUCAAAGUAAUCUACUGCCAUCUUUUCCACGCCGUUUUCUUUUGUGACCCAAUUACCCGCUUCGUCAUGGAGGCCCACUAUUUUAUUUUGGAUCCAACGUUGCUUUGUUAAAGCAUGGUAAAACUUAGUAUUAAGGUUCCCAGAUGAAUAUCAUAUAUUUCGACUCUUCUGAUGCCAAUUUUCCUCCUCAUCCUUAUAGACCUCUUGUAAUUUCCUGAAAAUUUCAAUAAUAUCCUCUUCUGAUCUAUUGUUAUAUGUUUGUACUUCUUCCAGCUCUUGUUGGAGAACAAAACCUUAGAAUGUGAUUAGCAAGAAUUUAGGAGUUUUGAAAACAAAUUUAUAUAAAACUUAAAUUAAAAUAAAAUUACAUUUUCUUUUGGUUCAGUGUAAAAUCACCAUCAGUGUCGUCUACCAUUAUUUCUUCAUUAAAAGUGUUAAUUUUUCUAAUCUUAAUUCUCAUGGAUUGCUUGUUCUAUCUAAAAGUAACUGACUUAUUCUAAACAUUUAAAAUCUUUAGCGUGCUUAUCAUUGUCUUCCUUCUUCAAACCUUCUUCCCACGUAGUUUCAUUAACCUGCAAUGUUUCUUCUUGUUUGCCUAUUUGGACUAAACGUUUCUCUGAUUCUGCAAAAGAAAGCCAUAUAAUUUACAAAAAAGAAGAUAGCACACAUGUAUGGUCUGAGUGUUUGCAUCCAUAAAGAUAUCACCAAGCUCAACAUAUAUCUCACAACCCCAAUUACAUGGUCACUGUCUCCCAUUUUUUCUCCAUGAAAGCACUUAAAUCUCUGCAUGGGAUAUCUUCAGGUUUCUCUCUUCUCUCCUCCGAACUUGCAUAUUACUCUCAAAACACAUUAUUAUCAGCCGAUGUUGCAAGACUCAGCUAGCACAAACAAAUCAAUUUCAUUCACCAAAAUACACAAAAAUACACAAAUCUGAUAACAAGAGAAAUCGAAUCCAUGAGAAGCACGUAAUCCAUUUAGCAAACUCUGUCACGUAAUGUAAACCCAUAUCAUGAACCAUUGCAACCUACCGGAUCGGAUUCAUAGAAUAUAAGAUGGUCUUUCGUUGUUUGUUCGAUUUUUAACUCGUUAAUCACUUUAAAAAAAAAUCUGAAAGUUUAAACAAAAUGAACGAAAUAUUCAUUUUUGGUUUUUGAAAUACCAUCUCUUUAGGUGGUAUUUAUCUAUGUUGAAUUUUAGUUACAAAUCAGUUCUUUGAUAAUCCAGAAUAAGGUUUUGAAAAUCUAAUUAGUGAAAUCCCAAUUUUCCAAUAAGGGAGGAUUUAAUAGGAUUUAUAUAAAAGACUCGUCCAAUAACCUAGGAUUUAGAGAAACUUUUACAAAUACUAGAUCCGAUAAUGAGGGAUUUGGAGAAAAACUGAAACUCCAUCAAAUCAUCAAUUAAAUAGGCCCCCUUAAAUUACAUGUUAAUAAUUAAAACAAUGGUACUCCAUUGCCAGACCAGUACAAGCACCAAUGGCUAAUAGCUGCGUGAGGGUGAGGCAUCACCACCUACCCAUAUUAUAUAUUAGUUUAUGCGUCGUGUUAUGAAACAUAUACGUAUUCAACCAAAUGAAAAUAAAAGGAUGAAAGACACAAGUGCUUAGUUUAAGUUCUUCUUAUGUCCCACACAUCUACACUUAAGUGAAAGGGAUUAGACAAACGCAUGAUCCAAGACCCGACAAUUACUUGAGAUAUGUUCAUUCUUGAUUCAUAUCUAGGGGUGUUAAUCAAGACAAGCCAAUCCGAUCCAAUUUCGAUUUUGAAUUAUUAUCAAAAAAAUCCAAUUUCGAUUUUGAAUUAUUAUCAAAAAAAUCUUACGAGUCCAACCCAAUUGUUUUUUUAUUAUCACAAAAUAGAUUCAGACGCGCUUUCUGACGAUCAAUAUUUCAUUAGAAUUUUCAGUGUACUUUACUCCUAAAUCAUAUACGAAUGAAAAAAAGGAACAAAGGAUAAAAAAAUAAUUACAUGAUAGCAUUGGUAACAAAAACUGUCGAAUUUAUUUUCCUUCAAAUCUUCGCAGCUAGGGUUUCAUUUUAUUAGCACUACAUUGAUAUCUUCAUGUGUAUUCUUGAUUUUAGACACAGGCUAUUAUAUACAUAUAUAUAUAUAUAAUCAUACCAAAAAAUUACAGUGUCUUCUGAAUAAAUUAAGAUUGAUGUGUAGUUUUCUUUUUUUUUUUGAGAAAUUGGCUAAGAUUGAUGUCUAGUUCAUGUGGAGUACUUUAGUUAUGUUUAUAUGAGAUUUUAUGCUUUAUUAUCUACUCAUGAUUUAAAUUUUAUACCCACAUACUUAAUUAUCUCAUUGUUUUUGUUUUGUUAGGGACGGGGAAAAAAUAAAAAAAUAAAAAUGCAAAAAAGUUUCAAACUUAGAAUUGUCAAAUCUGGCAAAUUAAAAUCGUACAAACAUGCAUGUAGUAACAUGCUCUAUAUUUGAGCACUACGAAGAACGAUAUAUAUGUACAAACACGUAACUGUUCGAUUCUUUUAAUCAUUAUCUUUUUUCUCUUUAUUCAAUAGAAAAUGUGAUAAGUGAGAGUGAUAGGUUAAAGGCAAAUCGAGUGAAAGAAGAAGACAAGAGAAGGAAAACAAGUAAACUCAGCUUUGUCUUGUCAUCUUCUGCAGUGUGGGAUUCCACUCUUUUGUUCUUGUCACCUCUCUGAUCUCUCCCUCUAUCUCGGUAAACUUAGUUACCAUUUUAGCCUCUCUCUAUAUAUUCCACAUCUCUCUUUACUUCUCGCUACUCCAAAACUACUUCAAUAAAUCACGGUCUUAACUUUGGAAACCACCACAUAGAUCUAGGUUGUGAAUAAAGAUGAAGAUUUCGAUAGGACGAGGUGGGUCAGGUCGGAUAGCGAAGCUCCGUUGCUGGGAUUGGUGUAAGGAACAAAGAACGCGUGUUUAUAUCAUCUGGAGGUGUUUGCUUUUCUUGUUACAGUGGGAAGACUAAAGAUCGACAAAGAAUAAUUAGCAAUCUCAAAGAUUUAUUCCACACUCGGUUUACAAAGUGGAAGAAAAACCAAUGGAGUUUUUUUUUGGUCUUCAGGAGAAUAAACGUGUAUGUCGUUUUAUUUGGUUCAGUUUAUUUAGUACAACACUUCGUCUAUAUUUAACGUUAGUUGCGUCAGUUGUAUAGUUUAGUCUGUGACGUAAGUUAAUCUGAAAAUAAGCUAAUGCUGAUUAGACUGGUAAUGUAAGCUAAAGAAGUACUAAUGUUUUACUUUAUCCACUUUCUAGGAUGGCUUUCACUUUAUCUACUUUUCUUGUAAUAUAUACACUGAAAUUGCUCGUUUAGUUUUGUUCAGGAUAAAGUUUCUCUAAGACAAAAACUCGUUUAGUUUUCCACAAUGCAAAGCCUUCAGCCUAGCCAAGAUAGAAUACGUGUGUGACUAUUAAAUUGCAGUGAAGUUCUUACUUCUGUUGACAUGGAAAGAUUGAUUGGACGUGUGAGGAUAAAUAUAUAAGUUCAAAUAUUAUUAUCAUUGUGUAAUGUAUUAGAGUUAUCGCAAGGAUAUAUCUAACAAUUGAUUUAAUGGCAAAUAUAUGAAAAUGAAGAGAGAAAACGUUGACAGGUUCUCACACUAGAAGAGUAUUCGUAGAGCAACCUUACAGCAUGAUUAACCCGGAGAUCUUAGGAUGGGAUUCUUAGCAGAAGUUAAGAAACUGUUUUAUAAUUUUUAACUAAAAAAACAAAGAACUGGUUCUUAAGUAACGACUUUAAAAACCAGUUCUUAGCUUUUUCAGUUAAAAAUUAAAAAAACAGUUUCUUAACUUCCGAUAAGAACCCCACUUUAAAAAUCCUAAAUUAAUUAUAGUCUUAGGACAUCCACAUCAAUGGUUUCUAACACAGUUUCUUGUGAUUAAAAUAAAAAAAUAAAAAAAUAAUUAAAAGUGAGAAAAAAAGAAAAGUAAGAGAGAAGCAAGAGAAAGUACCCUUUUAAAGAGCCUCUCACGGAAAGAAAUGUUUUAUGUAGUCCUACUUACACUAAAAAACAGAGGGAGUAUAUUUUAAUAUAAAUUUUUAUUAUUGAGAAUUCAUACUCAUAUGAUAAACACAAAAUUUCUAAUAUGCGAUUUUUCGAAUGCAAAUUUCAAAAUUAAAAUAUUAAGGUUUCAAUAUUUUUUCAAUAAAAAUUUAGAAAUUAUCAUAUUUAAAUAUUUUUAUAUGUUAUAUAGUUUAAUUUUAAGCUAUAUUAAUAUAUGAUAUAAAUGUCUAGUAAAUAAGACUUAAUAUUCAUACGAUUUAUGAUCAUUUGUAUCUUGUUAUUACCAAAAAAGUUAAACCAUUGAUCCCAAAAUUUUAGUGUGAGAUAUUUAACGUUUUUUAGUAAUUUAUAAUCUUUUUAAAAUUCAAAAUAUAACAUAUAAGAAAAAAUAAUUUUUUUUAUUAUAUGGUUAAUGUGAUUGUUUAAUAUCUUUUAAUAAUAUAAAAUUAAACAAAAAAUAGCUAAGGUACAAAAAUUAUUAUCAAAUGUUUAUUAUUCAUUAUCAUUUUUUGCCAUAUUAUUCAUAAUCAUUAAUUGUCAUAUAUACGUUAACCAUAUUAGGCAAUUCUGUAGCUUUAAUUUAAGAAAAGUGCGAGAAUAUUCUUUUGUAUACUAUUUAUUAAUUUAAUAGUUAGUUUAAUAAAGAGUAUAAUAUAAGUUAAGAUGGACCAACAUAUUUCUCUACGAAUUUGAAAUUUCAUUCUCGUAAUGACACGUGACAUGUAGUAAUGUUUAUCAAUUAAUAUAUAAGGGAUACAUGAUAUUAUUAUUAUAUACAUCAUGUACUAAUGAGAAGGUACCAGUGAUGAUGCUAUUAGGCAUGGAACUUUUAUCCGAGAUCCGGAUUCGAUUCCAGAUUCGAUCCGGAUCCGAUCCGAAAAUCCGGAUAUCCGGAGGAGCCGAAUCCGGAUAUCCGGAGGAGCCGAAUCCGGAUCCGGAUAGUAAAAUGUUGCUUUCGUCAAAGCAAGAUUCGGAUCCGAAUAUCUUGAUUUUUUAGUCCAGAUAGCCGGAUCCGUAAGUUGUAUUAAUAACUCUUUAAAAAUAGUAAUAUCUAUAUAUAAAAACUAACUUUAUUUAAUAUAUUUUCAUUUUUAUAAUAGUAUAUGUAAAUUUUAUGUAAAUUUUUUAAUAUUAUACAUAGAAAUAACUAAAAACAGUAUUUUUUUUUAAUUAUUUAUAAUAUUUUAUAUAUUAAUAUUAUUUUUAUUUAUUUUAAGGAUCCAAAUCCGGAUCCGGAUAUCUGCCGGAUAUUACAAUUUUUAGAAGGAUAUCCGACAUCCGGAUAUCCGAGAACUCCGAAUCCGGAUAAGGAUAGUAAAAUUAUGGAUCCGCCGGAUAAGGAUCUGGAUCCGAAUACCUGAAAAUUAUCUGGUCAUCUGAUCCGUUCCAGACCUAGAUGCUAUGAUAGCACCUGCGUUACUUUUUUAGAAUCUCUAGCUUCAAAAACAAAAAAAGAAUAAUAGGAAAGAGAUUGAAGAAAUAAUGAGGGAUAUCCUUAUGGGAGCGGACUCUUGCCUGCAGUUUAGAAACUUCUAAGUAAUGUGUUUUGUUAGAGCCAUUGUUAUUAUUAGUUUAUAUAUACUGUAUAACUCAAUAAUUUAAAUAAACUAUCAUAAUAAUCUUACAAAAUUCAGUUUGAGAGAUUAUCCAUUAAUGAUGUUCUUAUCGGUUAAUAUCUUAAACUAAAAAAUAUUGUUUGUUUUAAUUAAAGUUUUGUUUUAUUUUCUUAAAACGUAUCCAAUUGAGAAAGGACAUGUAGUUAUAUGGAAUUCUUAAAAAUGUAUCAGAAUUUUUUGCAGGCGAAUUUUUUAUCUUCUCUUUCAUGUUUUUUAUAUUUUUAAAUUAUUUCAAUCUGAUAUAUUCUAUGCAAAAUCCAUCACUGAAACUCAUCUUAGAGAAUUUGCAGUAUGAGUGAGUUUCUGUAAGAUAAUAAAUAUUAACAUCUUAUUAUAUAUAUUUUUUUUCAACCUUUAAACCACUAAAAAAUUUACAUGUGGCAUGAAGUCUCUUCAAAUUUGUUUGUCGGUCUCUUUACAAAGAAAAGGUUCGCAAUAUUCUGGGCUUGGUCUUUUUAUCUUUCAACUUUUUCUAUUAUACAUUAAUCUAGAGAUACUGGUGGAGAACCACCGAUGAAUGUGUCCUUAGGCCAUCCGCAUCAGUCAUUUUAUAAAGAAGUCUCUCAUUUAAUAAAUUAACUAGAUUCUAACCCGCGCUUUUAUGCGCGGGAUUAUUAUUUUUAUUUAUACAAAAUUUAUCAAAUAUAUAAUUUUAUACAUACUUAAUGUUUUCUUAGAUGGACUACAUUUUUGACUUUGAAGAGAACUUGAUGUGUUAUACAUGUAUUCUCUUUUAAAAGUGUCAUUUUCGAUUUAUUAUAUAUGGAGAGAUUUAUCCUCCUGUUCUUAUAUUUGUGAACAUGAAAUAAAGCUUUAUUUUUAGAAGCCAAAUAUAUUCAUUGUUAGGCUUGUGAAAAUUAAUUUAUUAUACAAACUGUAAAAACAUAUUUAUCAUAACAAUAAAAUUAUGUUCUAAUCCGCGUUACAAUGGAUAAUCAUAAUUUAAUAAAUAUUAUAAUUUUGAUUUAAAUAAUACACGCAUUGUAAGAUUAUUAUGUAUUUUAUUGAUUUGUAAUAUUUUUUUAUAAAUAAUAUAUAUAUAUAUAUAUAUGUUUCUUAUAAUUAUAGAGUUAGAUUACAAAUUAUAUAAAUGUAACUAAAUGAUAAUCUAACAUAAUUUAACAUGUCAUGUAUCAUUUCGAGUGGACAUCAACUUAGUCAAUUAUGUAGGUUUCUUGAAUGUAGAAAAUAUAUAAAAACUGAAAACUUGUAAUUAAUAUAUAGAAAAAAUAAAAAGAUAAAAUAUAUGUUUGUCUGUAUCAUUAAGUUAAUAUCACGUAUGAUAGUAUUUUUAAUGGAUUGAUUUGACUGUAAUUGUUGAUCUCAUGUGUAGACAAUUUUAGGAAAAUGUAUACAGUAUAUUAAUUCUUCAACAUUGCAUAUCUCAGUGAGUAAACUUACUAAAACGAAUAAAAUUUUAAUCCAGUUGGCAACUCAAAUUAAAACCUACCAUUCUUAACAUACUUUUGUGCACACCAAAACACUUUUUAAAAAACUGAAAUAUCCUUACAAUCUUGCAAUUCUUAUAAUAAUUAUACUUAUUAUUUAUGCCUACAAUAUCUAUUAUUUAUAAUUUAGUUAAUUUAGGAACGAUUUUGAUGCUGAAAUAUUGGCAAGAUUAAUAACAGAUAAUGAUUCACCAAAUUAAUAGAGUUGAGUAUAUUUAUAUGUAGAUUAAUAAAACUCAAUUAGAAUAGGUCCAAAACUUAAUGAAAACUUUUCUAUAGUAGAUAAAAAUAGGACUCUAUUUUAAUAGAGUAGAUGUAAUUGUUGAUCUCAUGUGUAGACAAUUUUAGGAAAAUGUAUACAGUAUAUUAAUUCUUCAACAUUGCAUAUCUCAGUGAGUAAACUUACUAAAACGAAUAAAAUUUGAAUCCAGUUGGCAACUCAAAUUAAAACCUACCAUUCUUAACAUACUUUUGUGCACACCAAAACACUUUUUAAAAAACUGGAAUAUCCCUACAAUCUUGCAAUUCUUAUAAUAAUUCUACUUAUUAUUUAUGCCUACAAUAUCUAUUAUUUAUAAUUUAGUUAAUUUAGGAACGAUUUUGAUGCUGGAAUAUUGGCAAGAUUAAUAACAGAUAAUGGUUUGCCAAAUUAAUAGAGUUGAGUAUAUUUAUAUGUAGAUUAAUAAAACUCAAUUAGAAUAGGUCCAAAACUUAAUGACAACUUUUCUAUAGUAGAUAAAAAUAGGACUCUAUUAUAAUAGAGUAGAUGUAAUUGUUGAUCUCAUGUGUAGACAAUUUUAGGAAAAUGUAUACAGUAUAUUAAUUCUUCAACAUUGCAUAUCUCACUGAGUAAACUUACUAAAACGAAUAAAAUUUUAAUCCAGUUGGCAACUCAAAUUAAAACCUACCAUUCUUAACAUACUUUUGUGCACACCAAAACACUUUUUAAAAAACUGGAAUAUCCCUACAAUCUUGCAAUUCUUAUAAUAAUUCUACUUAUUAUUUAUGCCUACAAUAUCUAUUAUUUAUAAUUUAGUUAAUUUAGGAACGAUUUUGAUGCUGAAAUAUUGGCAAGAUUAAUAACAGAUAAUGAUUUGCCAAAUUAAUAGAGUUGAGUAUAUUUAUAUGUAGAUUAAUAAAACUCAAUUAGAAUAGGUCCAAAACUUAAUGACAACUUUUCUAUAGUAGAUAAAAAUAGGACUAUAUUUUAAUGGAGUAGAUUAACAAUAAUAGAAGAAAGAAUGAAAAUUUGAGAAUCGGUCAUUUAGGAAAAAACGAUUAAAAAUGAGAAACCUUCACACCACAUGUUUUAGUGUGAAUGAUCUGAUCUAUUUAAGAUCAUUUCAUUUUAAUACAUAACUAAAUUAUUCAAAGAAUACGGAUAUAAAAAUGCUAAGAGGCGAUGGUUGAGAAAUCGGAUGCUCCUAGAGCAACUCUAACAAUGAAAAAAAAAAGAUUAUAAAUAAAAAAAAUAGAUUAUAAAUAAAAAAAUUAAAAUAAAAUAAAAAAACUGAGAAACAGUCCUCGGCAGAAAACUUCUAAAAACCCCACAUGGUACUCAAAUGCACAUUAUUCUUUUCAUUCUUUUGAUUUUAAAAGUAACCCGUAAUUUAAUUAUUUAAACCAAAUAUAUUUUUAAAAACAAUUUAUAAACUUAAGAGCACCAUCAUUAGUUUAGUAUCUAAGAUAGGGUUUUAAAUCAAUAAAAUUAAUAUUUUAAUAAGUUUUAAAUAUAUAUUUAAAUUUCAAUGUUUAAAAGAAAGUUAAACUUGUCACAUAUUGACAUGUGUUAUAAUAAUUUAUAGAUUAGGAGCUUACAGAAUUUGUUUUUUAGAUUUAUAUACUUUGAAGUAUGCUUACGUGGAAAAUAGUUACCGUAUAUGUAUUAAUUAAAUUAUAUAUAUACAAAUUUAUGGUAUUUUAAUUCGAUUAUUUGGCCUAUAAAAAUAUGUUCCGUAAAAAUAAAUAUAUAUUUUAGAUGUAAAAUGAUAAAAUCACAUUAAUAUAUGUAGAAAAGUUUAUUAUAAAGUUAAUUGUGAAUAAAAAUAAACUAUACAAUAUAUUAUGUAUAUUUAUAUAAAUAAAGUAUAUUUUAAUAUAAAUAUUUAUUAUUAACACUUCCUACUCAUAUGAUUUUAUUAAUAUUUGCAUAUUUAUUGUAACAAAGAUUUAAAUAUUUAAUAAAAAAACAUAAUGUUAAGAUCUCAAUACAAAUUUGAAAAUUAAAAAAAUUAAGAUCUCAAUAAUUUUUCAAUGCAAAUUUUUAAAUUAACAUAUUAAAUAUAUUUUAUAUAAUUUAAUUUAAGUGAUAUUAAUAUAUAUAAUAUGAAUAUCUAUUAAUGAGACUUUAUAUUCAUAUGCUUUACAAUCAUUUGUAUCUUGGUUGAACAAAAAAUAAUGUUAAACCAAAGAUGACAAAAUUUUCAAUGUGAGAUUUUUACCAUUUUUAAUAAUUUAUAGCCAUUUUAAAAGUUCAAAAUAAAAAAGUAUAAGAUAAAAUCUAAAAAUUUUUAUUAUAUGCUUAAUGUGAUUUUUCUAUUUCUUUUAGUAAUAUAUAAUUAAACAAAAAAAGGAGAGGAUACAAAAAUUGUUAUCAAAUAUGUAUUAUUCAUAAUCAUUAAUUGGUAUAUAUAUGUUAAUCAUAUUAGCUAAUUCUGUAGCUUUUAUUUAAGGAAAGAAUUGAGAAAUUCUUUCGUACACAACUAAUCAAUUUAAUAGUUAGUUUAAUGAAAAGUAUAAUACAUAUUUAUAUGGACCAAUUUAAUUUUCUAAAGAUUAUAAAAAUCAUUUUAAUGAUACGUGGCUAUGGAAACAUGUUAUAAUGCUCGGAUAUUAAUUUGUACGGGAUUUCAAUACUCUAUUAGUUCUUAUCACUUUUAAGUUUUAAAAUGGGCUUUUAUGUUAGCAAGAACUUUAGACAUUGUUGGUCAUGCUCCAAUAUGAAAAUUUAAUUGAACUAGUGACUGAGGAAAGCCCACCAGUAGAAACAUCGUAGGCAGUGGAAAGUUCAGUCAACAAUGAAAAUACAUGAUCGUUAAAGGUAUGCCAACUGAACUAGUCUGGUUCAACCCGAUACCUAAUUCCUUAAAUGCUGUAGAUAUUAGAGUAUGGAUUAGUCUGGGCCGAAGUAAAGUUGAGCAUAUAUUUUAAAGUCAGGUUCAAUCUUAACAGGACUAUAAAGUUUUAUGUGCUUUUGAUUUAAAUAUCUAAUGAAAAUAAAUAUAAAAACAAGCUAUUUAUCAAAUAAAUCUACAUCAAAAUUUCAACAAAUUAAAUAAUUUCAAAACAAACUUUUAACUAAAUAAAUUUAAAUUAACUAUAUUAUCAAAUAAAUAAAAAUAAAACACAUUAAGUGGUGGAAUAUAGGUUGGAAUUUUCUUAUUUUCAAAGUAUUAAUUACCGAAUACAAAUAAAAUAUAAGAUUGUCAAAACAUAAUUACAGAAAAUAUAGAAAAGCAUCCCAAGCCCUUAAAACAUUAAAUUCUUAAACAAUUUUUAUUCAAUGAAUAUUUUCAGAGUUUUGGACUGAUCCGAACCUAGUUAGAUUAAACCAAAACACAUUUAUCUCAAAUAGUAUAAUUUGAGCUAGAUAUUUUUGAGGGUCGAGCUAGACUAGACUUUGUGUUUUUAACCCUAAUUAGCAUUUCUAGCUUCAUUUAUAGAGAAUCAAAGUUGCAUAAUCUCAUACCAUUUAUUUUUGACAAUUACCAUUUAUUUUUGACAAUCAAACAAAAUUGACUAGAAAUCGAGUCCCAAGGUUGCCGGUGGCAGUUUCUUAUGGCGGUGGCGUCUUGAAAAUUGUCAAAACCCUCUUUAUGUGAAAAGUGUACUUGAGAAACAAAAUUUGUGACUGGGUCAGAUACGGACUACGCAAGAUUAA